AAGAUGGCGGACCGGGUGCAGCGUAUUUUCUGAGCUCCGUCUGCUUGUCCCAAUUUUACACAUACUUUAAAAUCCACCUCAAUUCUAUGUGAUCGUAUGAAUCUCUAAUACAUCAUACCGACGCUUUAACCUUACAGUGCUCCGGAAAUUGCAGCAUGAAGACGAACAAGAAGCUCUCUUCAGCCCGCAGUAGCUCGGAGAUUUACGGCCAUGAUGAUGCUAAGAUGGAGGUCUCUACCGAGAGCUCCAAAAGAAAAGAGCCUUUCUCUCCAGCGAAGAACCCACCAGCAACUAAAAAGAAGGACACUGGGUCAGAGGAAGAUGUCCAGCAGCUGUUGGUGAGUAAAGAAGAGCUUCCACCUGAGCAGCAGGAGUGGAGCCACAUUCUGGACCAGGAGGACACUAAGCCCCAACACAUUAAAGAAGAACAUGAGGAACUGUGGAUCAGUAAGGAGGAAGAACAGCUUCAAGGACUGGAGGAGGCUGAUACCGCCAAGUUCCCCUUCACUCCUGUCUCUGUGAAGAGUGAAGAUGAUGAAGAGAAACCUCAGUCCUCACAGCUUCAUCAGAGACAAACUGAACAGAUGGAAACAGGAGUUGAUGGAGAGGACUGUGGAGGAGCAGAACCAGAGAGAGACUCAGAUCUAGAGAGACGUUUACAACCAGAGACUAAGCUCGAGAUUGAAGACUCUGAUGAACCUGAGACUGAUGACAGUGAUGAUUGGCAAGAGACAAGAGAAGAUUUGUCAGAAUUAAACUUAAAGAAUAAGAAACUAGACACUGGUAAGAGACCACACAGGUGCUCGGAGUGUGGUAAAAGAUUUAACCUGCAAAGAGAUCUGACCACACACAUGUUAGUUCAUAAAGGAGAGAUAGCCGUAAGCUGCCAUGAGUGUGGUAAAAGCUUUAGUUCUAAGGGAUAUCUGACGAAACAUAUGAUGAUUCACACAGGAGAGAAACCCUUCAGCUGCUCUGUUUGCAGUAAAAGUUUUACCCAUAGAGGAAGUCUGACAUAUCACAUGUUAAUUCAUACAGGAGAGAAAGCCUUCAGCUGCUCUGAGUGUGAGAAAAGAUUUAACCUGCAAAGAAAUCUGACUAGACACAUGUUAGUUCAUACGGGAGAGAAACCCUUCAGCUGCUCUGAGUGUGGUAAAAGAUUUAACCUAAAAGAGCAUCUAACCACACACAUGAUGAUUCACACAGGAGAGAAACCAUUCAGCUGCUCUGAGUGUGGUAAAAGAUUUAACCUGCAAGGAUAUCUGACCAAACACAUGAUAAUUCACACAGGAGAGAAACCCUUCAGCUGCUCUGUUUGCAGUAAAAGUUUUACCCAUAGACAAAGUCUGAGGUAUCACAUGUUAAUUCAUACAGGAGAGAAAGCCUUCAGCUGCUCUGAGUGUGAGAAAAGAUUUAACCGAAAAGAGCAUCUGACCGCACACAUGAUGAUUCACGCAGGAGAGAGACCCUUCAGCUGCUCUUUGUGUGGUAAAAGGUUUUGUUCUAAGCAACAUCUGAAAAGACACAUGAUGAUUCACAUUGGAGAGAAACCCUUCAGCUGCUCUGAGUAUGGAAAAAGGUUGACUUCUGAGAGAAAUCUGACCAGACACAUGACGAUUCACACUGGAGAGAAAUGCUAAUCCUUUACAAUGGUGUUGGCCCUCAGCCAUGUGUGCUGGACAAAGGACUCAGGCCUGUAUCACAGUUCUCAAGUCUGACUAGAGUUAUUUUGGAGGGAACCAAACAAAGGAGUCUUAGCCCAACAGCAACUAACAAAUAGGUGUGAAAAGUGGGGGGUGGGGGUGUCUGAAUUCUCUAUCCUCAUUGGAGGAGGCCUGAGGUUAACCCACAGGCAGUUCCAGUCUUUAAAAGCAAUCGCCAGGCAUUGCUUCUGUCACUUUAAGUGUUGUCUGCUGACAUCCGAGGAUAAACUCUCCAACAAGAUGGACUCCAGCAUUCGAGACAAACCCUUCCCUCCUCUUGACUUGCAUAGGUUAAACUCCAGAGCUGAGGUUGCUCAGUCUAGGUAGCUCUUCACAUGCUGAAUUCAAGCAUCAGAGGAUUCAGCUGACUACUUCCACGGCAUAUU